AUGGGCGAAUUCAGUGGCAUACGAAUGAUUCUCAAACACACAUCGAGUUCACAGUCCCUUGACUCACUAUCUACAAGCGAUCCGGAGAUCUGUCAGCAUCAGCGCAUAGGUUUGCGAAUACGAAGAGAAAGCGACAGAAGCACCCACACCUCGGUGAUCAACGUGCCAGAUCUGUCUCCUGAAACAGUCAGUUUUUUGAAAGCUGCACGAUCGUCCUUACCACCUACAAGUCUGCUUGUUGCACGUAUUGGUGAUUCAAAGACAGCAGUAAUAUUUUUGUCUGUGGCUUCAAAGCCCCCUGUGGUUCUUCAAAAAAAUGCACUUGUUUCCUGUCUCGAAGAACUUGAACAGUGCGGAGUGAACAAAGCGUAUGUUGCUGUUUCCAAGCCGCAGUCUGGUGAGCCAAAGAUUCUGGCGGAGUUACCUCCCGAACUAGUUAGCCUGUCAUCGGACUACCGCUUGCUAUUCACAGACUUGCAUGAUUAA